AGUUUUCUUUUCAUCAACAUCAUAUUUUCUUACCCGUUUAUCCCCCAGGGUUAUCUGUUGAGUUGUGCAGAGAGUGUGGCCAACCAAUCAGAGGGCAAGUCCAUCCCUGACUGCCUGCGCUGGCUCUUCACGCCGCUGGGGAGGCAGUUCUUCCUGAGCUGUGAUUGGUCGGUGAAGUCGGACAGCAGCGACGGCGUGUACACUUCUCAGAGAGACCCAGCCGACCCCAUCGCCCAGCUGCACCGCUGUUUCUGCAGGAAGCUUCUGGAGAGAGCCGUCCACACACUGAUCCAGCCGCAGAGCAACUCUGAAGCUGGGAAACGCAACAACGACUCUGGGGAGUUUUCCAGCGCCCUUGAGUUCCUGCAGUUGUUGAACAGCUGCACGGAGGACUCUCCCUCCCCUCCUCCUCCCUUCUCGACUCCUCCCAAUCACACCACCACUCCAGGUAGGAAUAACACCAACAGAACAAACCCUGCCCAAUCCAAAUAA